AUGUCUGCAGAUCGCCCUGUGCAGAGGAAUAAUAUGACCAAGGAGAUGGCCCGGGUCGUGCCGCUGAACCUGUUCAUCUUUUUCUUUGGCGCUGGAUUUCUUCUACUCAUUUUCUGUCUCGUGUUCUGCUGCUACUUUCUCAGACUUAAGCAGCAGGAACAUUACAGGAGACGCGGCUAUAAGAAGGUGGUCUUAAAGGACAAAGCAAAGAAAUCCAACCUGGUUGGGCAAGUGUGUGCAGUGUGUCUGGAAGAGUUUAAAGUGAAGGAAGAACUUGGCUUGUGUCCUUGUACUCAUGCUUUCCACACCAAGUGCCUGAUGAAGUGGUUGGAGGUGCGAAACGCAUGUCCCAUGUGUAACAGAAACAUUUCAUUGCCAAUACAGAGACCUUCCUUGGAACCCAUGUGAUGAGGUUACUUGCUGUAGGGCCACCCAGCUUUAGCUUUUAUCAUAUGAAGUGUAAUGUGAGGCGACAGUAAAAUGUGGACGAGGGAAGGAAGAUGGACUUGUCUGUUAGGGCAUAUGAAAGCUAAAUAUGCAUGAUGGCAGCAAGGUCAGGGCUGGCUGGUCUGUGGCAGAUUCAACCAUCCACACUUGGGAAAAUAUUCAGUGGUAUAGAUGCAUCCUCAGGUCACCUGGGGUAAGGAGGGGGAGCAACAGCUCACGUGAUUGGUUACAUAAAAUUUCC